UUAAUUGUCAUAUAUCUAAUUAAACGUACAACCAUUAAAGCCCAGGGCACCACGAGAAACAUCAUAAAGCAGAAAGCUGGUGUACCAAUGGAGUCAGUGACGUUCCUCUUUGAAGUCCCAAAAUUUUCAACUCGGUAGGUGCAGUGCGCACCCUUCCCUUCGCCUUCGCCAUCGCCAAAGCGGCGAUCGCCGGCUAUCCAAACGGCACCGUAACGCCCCCAAUCUCGUGAACCUCUGCGAAAUAUAUACAUACACAUUUGUAUCUAUAUACAUCGGCAUUGAUCCAUGUCUUCUGUAGCCACUAUCACUCUGUUAAUCCAAACGCUGUUUUUAUAUACCAACGUAGCGUCUCUGCCGCCGGCGAUUUCGGUUCCAGCGCCGUUUGCAGCUGGAUCUCGUUCGCUGCUGCGAUCUAUCGACGGCGAUAAAUCUGAAAAACCUGAUUACGCGGUGGAAUUGAACGCCACGAACUUCGAUUCCGUGCUCAGCGAAACCCCCGCUACUUAUGCUAUUGUAGAAUUUUUCGCUCACUGGUGCCCAGCUUGUAGAAAUUACAAGCCCCAGUAUGAGAAGGUUGCAAAGAUUUUUAAUGGAGCAGAUGCUGCCCACCCGGGAAUCAUAUUGUUGACCCGAGUCGAUUGUGCCCAAAAGAUAAAUACCAAUCUUUGUGAUAAGUUCUCUGUUGCGCACUACCCUACACUUCUUUGGGGACCACCUUCUAAGUUUGUGCAUGGAAGCUUUGACCCAAACCAAGGGAAGGGUGAAAUUCUCUCUAUUUUAGAUGGACGAACAGCUGAGCGCCUGCUAAGUUGGAUUAAUAAGCAAUUGAGCAGCUUAUAUCAAUUGGAUGACCAGAAAUAUGAGAAUGAUCAACUUCAGAAAAAUUCUUCAGACACUGGACAGAUUGCACGUGCUAUUUAUGAUAUUGAGGAGGCAACGUCAACUGCUUUUAACAUCAUUUUAGACCACAAGAUGAUCAAGUCAGAGAAUCGAGUAUCGCUUGUGAUGUUCUUUCAACUUUUGGUGGUCCAUCACCCAUCUAGAAGAUGCCGGAAGGGAACUGCCGAAAUACUUGUUGAUUUUGAUAAUAUAUCGGUCCACAAGAAGGAAACAGAAAGUGGUGUCAAUAAGGGAGAACCCAGGCGUUAUGACAUAUGUGGAAAAGAUGUACCUCGUGGAUACUGGAUGUUUUGUCGGGGAAGCAAGAAUGAGACCAGAGGUUUUAGUUGUGGGUUGUGGGUUUUAUUGCACUCACUCUCUGUAAGAGUUGAUGAUGGAGAAAGCGAGUUGGCAUUCUCUUCCAUUUGUGAUUUCGUACAUAAUUUCUUCGUCUGUGAGGAGUGUAGGCAACAUUUUUACAGCAUGUGUUCAAGUGUUUCUAGCCCUUUCAAGAAAUCCCGUGACUUCGCCCUCUGGCUAUGGAGUACACACAACAAAGUUAACGAGCGACUCAUGAAGGAAGAGGCCUCUCUUGGAACUGGUGAUCCUGAAUUUCCGAAAAUCAUGUGGCCUCCAAGACAGCUCUGCCCCUCUUGCUAUGCAAGUAAGAGUGGAAAAGACAGUAAUAAGGUCGAGUGGGAUCACGAUGAGGUGUACAAGUUUUUAAAAGGCUAUUAUGGGAAGGCACUCGUAACUUUAUACAAGGAAAAGGAACUUCUUGUGGAGAAGCGGUCAGAUGGGUUGCUAGCCGAGGAUUUGACAGCUUCGACCUCAGUGAACGCCCUCGUUGUUCCUCUCGGGGCUGCAUUGGCCAUCGCUGUUGCCAGCUGUGCAUUCGGAGCUCUCGCCUGCUACUGGCGUCAACAUCAGAAGAGUCGGAAGUAUAAAUACCUACACUCUUUAAAGAAUAUAUGACUGAAUAUGAUAAAAAUCUAAAGAAAAAAGAGGGGAAAAGGGUGUUUGUAACUGUGGGGAGUUUGGUGUUCUCACCUAUUCUUUUACACAAAUGUUUCAGGCCAAGGAGAAGCUGGAACUGAUAUACCUAACUGAAUCUAUACACUGAUGAGAAAUGGAUACAGUUUAUACACGAUUAUCAAGGCGCAGCGACGAAGACAGAGAGAGCUUGCCUUUCUUCUUCUCAGGCUUAGUUUCCUGAUUGGAGUGUGCAGAUUUUGCUUGUAUCAAUAUGGAGAUUGGAGAGAUUUGUAGGGAAUUAGUAUAUACUGCUAUAAUGUUUAAGCAUAUUGCAAAGAACGUUUCAAUGUUUACAGUGUAAUAUUUUGGUAUCUAACUUUUAGAUACUCUUGGAAAUUAUACUUGAUUUGGCUUUUCUACCA